AUGUUUUCUACCGUUGGUAGAGCUGGUCUGUUGGCCACAAAAGCGGUAGUAAAUAAUACUCUAGCCGAGAAGACUCCUCUUAUUGCCGGUGCCCUCGUUAAUAAGCGUGAUUAUGCUGCCAAAGCUGCUGGUAAGGGGCAAGGUAAGGUGGUUGCAGUCAUUGGUGCCGUCGUAGACGUACAAUUCGAAGAUAAUCUACCUCCCAUUCUCAAUGCCUUGGAAGUACAGAACCGUUCGCCCAGGCUUGUCCUUGAGGUGGCGCAACACUUGGGAGAGAACACGGUGCGCACCAUCGCCAUGGACGGUACAGAAGGUUUGGUUCGUGGUCAGCCCGUACACGACUCCGGCUCUCCAAUCCGUAUUCCAGUAGGAGCGGAGACGUUGGGCCGCAUCAUCAACGUAAUCGGUGAGCCCAUCGACGAGCGCGGUCCCAUCCCCACCGACAAAACCGCCGCUAUUCACGCCGAAGCGCCCGAGUUUGUCGACAUGUCUGUACAGCAAGAGAUUCUUGUCACUGGAAUCAAAGUGGUAGACUUACUAGCCCCCUAUGCAAAGGGAGGAAAGAUUGGUCUUUUUGGUGGAGCCGGUGUGGGCAAGACUGUACUUAUCAUGGAGCUGAUUAACAAUGUAGCUAAAGCCCACGGUGGUUACUCAGUAUUUGCUGGUGUCGGAGAGCGUACACGUGAAGGUAACGACUUGUACCACGAGAUGAUUGAGUCAGGUGUUAUUUCUCUUAAAGAUAAGACAUCCAAGGUGGCCCUAGUGUACGGUCAGAUGAAUGAGCCUCCAGGUGCCCGUGCCCGUGUUGCUCUAACAGGUUUGACUGUUGCUGAAUACUUCCGAGACCAAGAAGGCCAAGAUGUGCUACUUUUCAUUGACAACAUUUUCCGUUUCACCCAGGCUGGUUCUGAGGUGUCUGCCCUGUUGGGUCGUAUUCCAUCUGCUGUAGGUUACCAGCCUACUCUGGCCACUGACAUGGGUACUAUGCAGGAACGUAUUACCACCACAAAGAAGGGUUCCAUUACAUCUGUACAAGCUAUCUACGUGCCUGCUGAUGAUUUAACUGACCCUGCCCCUGCCACUACCUUUGCUCACUUGGAUGCCACCACUGUACUGUCACGUGCUAUUGCUGAGCUCGGUAUCUACCCAGCUGUAGACCCUCUCGACUCCACCUCACGUAUUAUGGACCCCAACAUUAUUGGUGCUGAGCAUUACAACAUUGCUCGUGGCGUUCAGAAAAUUCUCCAAGAUUACAAGUCACUCCAAGAUAUUAUUGCUAUUUUGGGUAUGGACGAGUUAUCUGAAGAAGACAAGCUGACUGUAGCACGAGCACGUAAAAUUCAGCGAUUCCUGUCCCAGCCUUUCCAAGUGGCAGAAGUUUUCACAGGACACCCUGGUAAACUGGUUCCCCUAGAAGAAACUAUCAAAGGGUUCUCUAAGAUAUUGCAAGGAGAAUAUGACCACCUUCCAGAAGUUGCAUUUUACAUGGUUGGACCUAUCGAAGAAGUUGUUGCCAAGGCAGAAACUUUAGCCAAGAAUGCCUAA